GAAUAAGGCCAUAACUUAAGAGACUAAAACCACUAAUCUUUCCUUUAUGUUAGGUAUCUUUCCCCGUAAAAAGAAAAAAGAAUCGCCGCCGUCAGUCCCUCCUUCCACGCGCCGCCGUGCCGCGAGUGUUCCACACCGACUGUUGGUCUCCGUAACUGUGCCCUUCAACUGCACGCCAAAGAAAGAUGAAAGAACAGAUGGCUAUAUUAGGGAAUAAUAGGAUUGAAGAUGUUCGGUGGCUUUGUUCCUUAACCGAGUCUGAGCUUGAUUUAUUGAUAGGUUUGAAAGUUUUGAUCCAACAACGUGCCAAAAAGAUUCGUCAUGAGUCUUUAGCUAACAAGUUUGAUUUGAAGACCCUUCGAGCCCUCAGUUUCAUUUUGAUGGAGAAUCUUAAAGGAAAACUCAAAGAUCUACCUGGUACAGCUGAGUCCUCAGCAAAUUUAGAUACGUGUAAUUUGUUGAAUUAUGAUCUAGACAAGACUUUUGCAAAUAUGGGAGUUGAACAGCUGAGUUCCUACAUUUGCAAUGAUAAGAGGAAGAGAGUUAUGGAGAUGUUUUUUGAAGACAUGUCUCCAAAUAGAAAGCAGAGAGCUAACAGUGACAGCAGUAGAUCCAUGUAGCAAUAUAAGCAGAUUCUAAGUUCUUUCCUAUGGCCUAUGUAAUAUUCAAAUUUUGAUGUGUGCCUCUUAAAGAUGGGAGGUACUUAUUUCUUGUUUUGCUUUCAUUUUUUAAGGUGUAUAAGAUGUAGGUUUACUUUUUACUUUUAAUUAUAAAUAAUUAGUACAGAGUAAAGGGGGUUCUCAUUUAGUUGCUUCAUGUUGUUAACAUGAUUCUUAGUACGCAAUUGAACAUGAUUUGGUUGAGAUUUGAAAACAAGUACUAUUUGAUUUA